AUGUAUACCACAUCGUCGCAGCGCGCCACAGUCGGCAGCUUUGCACGCUCACCGAGCCCAUCUAUCACCACCCCGGACCGCGGCCACAGCCGCAACACGUCAACGGACGAAAACGGAUCGCCCCGACUUUUGGGCAGCUGGCGACGACGCGAUGGCCCAUCGAGCUCCAAUGCGUCACCUAAUCCGCAGCGAGGUUUCGCGUCAGAGGCUGAACGUGCCGUAUCGCCAUCUGGCCACCUGCCAGUGGCCGCUCGUUGGCAAGGGCAGUCGUCUACCGACGACCUCAGUCCCAACGACGCCGCCGACAGCUGGAGCACGGAGCCUGGCGUUGCCCCCAACACCUUCAUGGGGCAACUCUUGACGAGCAGCCACGAGUACGGGCAGCGUGAGGCCCCAAGGGGCCCAGCUGAUGCAUAUGACCGUCUCGUUGGCAGACGUCCAGCCACUCCUCCAGACAAUGACUACUACUAUGGCAACCAAAACCGUCAAGAUUCACCGACUUUUGCUCAAAGAGGCUCCUAUGGUCCGCGUUCAAGGCCCAGCCGCGCCAGCCGCUCGGUUCCAGAGCUCGUUAUCGACCGGGAGAGCUCGUUGACCCCGACACCCGAGGACGUCGACGGCGGCGACUACGGCAGUGGCCUUUCAUCACCAACAACGCUCAGUAUCCCGCGAUAUGACGCUCGCGGUUACCCAAUCCGGUAUGCCACGCCCGACGUCAAUUCAGCAUCGCCUCAGUCGUCCAACACAUCCAUGGUGCCGCGCUCCCCCCCACGUGGUGGCCCCACUCGCCCAGACUCGGGUGGUUCAUACGGUUCAGAUCAAAAUCUAGACUCGUAUUCCUCCUCCUCGCUUGGGGGCUACCCGCCCCUUGCUCCCCCAAAGGACACACACGUUGGUGGUAGUGGCUCCGAGUCUCUGCGCUCCUCCACCGUGGUGGCAAGUCCCACGAAACCCAAAUCAGCAAAUUCGCAUCGUGCCUCGCAGCAGAGCUUGGAUACGACAACGUCACACUCCCACAAUGUGCAUGGUAUGACGAGUGUGUACGGACCAGGUGGCCGUGCCGAGCCCCGUGCAGCGGAAAGCAUGUACAGCGAGGAGCGUUUCUCAUACCACACAUAUGAGACCGCAGACCGCUCUUCUGGUUCUUUCGCCCAUGACGCACCCCGUGUUGGAUACGCAGACUUCAGCAUCGACUCUAAAAACGGCCGUCGACAGCUUGUAAGCAUGCUCGCCGACCCCACCUCGUGGGCAGACUUGGGACCCGAGGACGACGAUGACUUCCACGACCCCCAGGUGCACACCAAGCAGACGGGUGUGGCGCGCUCGCUGUUCACCGUGCGCGGCGCCACCAACCUCGGCUGUGUGAUCCUCCUGGUGACAGUUCUUGUCGUCCUCUUUGCCGGCUACCCCAUCAUCACAAACUAUAUGGGCCCUCACUGGACCAACCUUGGCGGCUACAACCUCGGCGGCGUCAACGCCUCGGGACAGUACCCGGACGUAGGCGUGUUCCAGCUGGUUGACCGCGACACCCCGCCCGAGGCAUAUCACUGGACAUCGAUCCAGACGGGCGAGCAGUGGGACCUGGUCUUUUCCGACGAGUUCAACACCGCCGGCAGAUCGUUUUACGACGGCGAUGACCCGUACUGGAUGGCCGAGGACCUGCACUACUGGUCAACCAACAACCUCGAGUGGUACGACCCUCAGCAGAUCACCACUCGCGAUGGCCACCUCGUCAUCACCCUCAACAACCAGACGUCCCAUGGCCGCAACUACACCGGAGGGAUGAUGUCCACAUGGAACCGAUUCUGUUUCACGGGCGGCUACAUUGAAGCGUCCAUCUCGCUGCCCGGCACCAGCAACAUUUACGGCCUCUGGCCCGCUGUAUGGACGAUGGGCAACCUCGGCCGUGCGGGUUACGGCGGUACGCUCGAGGGCAUGUGGCCGUACUCGUAUGACGAGUGCGAUGUGGGCACCUUGCCCAACCAGACUCUGAAUGGCAAGCCCGAGGUGGCACUCACAGAGGGCGACUGGGCGUACGACUAUGCGCUGUCGUACCUUCCCGGCCAACGUUUAUCGCGGUGCACCUGUCCAGGGGACACCAACCAUCCCGGCCCAGCCCUCUCCGACGGGACACUUAUCGGCCGCGCCGCGCCGGAAAUCGACGUCAUCGAGGCCCAAGUCGACCCAGACGAGCUCUUUGGCGAAGCGUCCCAGUCAGCGCAGUGGGCCCCCUUCAACCCAUGGUACCGCUGGAUCAACAACUCGGAUACGUACACCAUCUUCAACAAGAGCGCGACCGUUUUGAACAAGUACCAAGGCAGUUCAUGGCAGCAGGCCACAUCGGCACUCACCCAGACGCCUCAGGGGUGCUACACCGCCAACGACUCGUGCUUCGCCCCCUAUGGGUUCGAAUAUCUGCCCGGCGCCGACGGGUACAUCCACUGGAUGUCCAACAAGAAGCGCAGCUGGACGCUCCAUGCGGGCGCCAUGGCCCCCAACGCAGACUCCGAGGUCGGCCAGCGCAUCAUCGCCGCCGAGCCAAUGUACAUCAUUGUCAACCUCGGCAUGUCUGAGAACUUUGGCGCCAUUGAUUUCGGCGGCUUGCGCGACCUGUGGCCCGUCGAAAUGUGGAUCGACUACAUUCGCGUGUACCAAGACCCCAACAAUCGCAACAUAGGCUGCGACCCGCCCGACUUCCCAACAGCCCAGUACAUCGACUACCUGGGCCAAGCGUACUGGGACCCCAACAUUACAACUUUUGACCAAGCCAUGGAAGCCAAUCCAAACGUCUCAAAGCCCCGCAACCGACUCGUGGACACUUGCUCAUAG